AUGCAGUUUAUCGAGAGCUACCUUUCGAACAAUCAGGGGUUCCAACUUGACAUCGUCGGUUUCCUCGCCAUUCUCGGAGAAGGCUCCGUCGAGACGAUCGCGCAGGUUGCCACUCUAAGCUAUCUCAUCUUUCUUCCUCGCCUUAUUCCUGCGCCCCAGAUCUUCAUCAGACCGUCGCGACCUGAGAAACUCGAAACGACCGCCAAUGCUAAAGUGAUCGGAGUCCAUUCAGGCAACACGGGUGAAGACAUACACCAUGUUGCCCACGCCUUGCACCGUGGAGACAAGUUGAUUCCCAAUACCGUCAGUUGCGUGCGGAUCAAGGAGAAUAACAAGGCUCGUCCGUCAAUCAAGCGGUUUGGUCCGCUGGCCAUGCUGGCCUUUCUUGGAUUCGCCAUGAGUGCCGCCCUGUUGGGGCUUUCCAUAUAUUACGAAGAUGGUAUGUCGUUGUUGGCAACACUCCUUCUCUCCACCCUGAGUACGAUCACGGGCAUUGCCAACAAAUGGACACCCACACCUAACGAUCCGAAACCCGACCCUCAUUCGCCUGCCGGAGACGUUGUCAUUAAAUAUCCGCAAGGGGCCUUCAUCGUUGUGAGCUGCGAAGAACGGACUGCUCGGUAUCUUUAUUUCAACCCAAGCGAGCGUUGCAUUUACACUGUCAAAAGCACGGCAAUCUAUAGAGUACUCUCAUUGUUCUCGACCCUACUGCUCAUGGGUGGAGUCAUUUCUCUGGCCAACGCAAGGAUUGAGACGCAGACCGCCUUCGCGGGAUCAUACAUGUUGAUCAACAUUUUUUACUGGAUUGGCGCGGCCUUGCCUCCUGCCCAACACUGGGAUCUCUCUCGACUGGAGGUUGAACACAUCGAAAUUGCGGGAGGAUCUCCACCGCGGAAAGCAAAGAUCGACAACUACUCGCCAACCUACACCGAAGCCCUGUGGAAAGCCAUUGCCGUCACGGGGACCAGUAACUGGGUGAAGGAGGCUGGCUGGGCUCCCAAGACUCCUGCUUGGAGUGACUGGCUCAACGAGGCGGAAGAAGCCGCGCUACAAGAACCCAUGCAGGUGAGCAGCAAGAAGAUGGAAAACGGCCAGAAAGUGGAAGUGUGGACGAUCCGUAACUGGGACAGCAGAAAUGCUCUUUCCACCCUGCUCCGGACCAACACAGACAGAUUCCAGGGCAAAAGAUGA